UCAUAUGUACUAUAGAUAACUAGACACAUACAAAGCCAGAAGAAGGUAGUGAUUAGAAAGUAGAAACUAACAUGUGGAGGACUAUUUUGAACGUUGCUUUUCUAGCUUUUCUAGUUCAUGCAGUUGUGCUUCAAGCUCGGGAUCAAUCAGGAUUUAUCAGCAUAGAUUGUGGAGCACCUGCCAUGUCUAACUCUACUGAUUGGACAGACAUACAAUAUGUUUCAGAUGUCGGUUUCAUAAGCAGUGGUGUACCUAAAUCAGUGAAAUCUGACUUCACAACUCUCUUUAAACAACAACAACUGUGGACUCUCAGAAGCUUCCCGAAAGGAAGAAGAAACUGCUACAAAAUAAAUAACAUUACAAUGGGCUCUAAAUAUCUUAUCCGCCUCGAGUUUAGUUACGGAAACUACGACGGGCUUAACACUUUUCCAGUGUUUGAUGUGUAUCUUGGAGUUAACAAGUGGGAUACAGUGAGCUUUGGAGCAGCCAACAGUAACCCCGGCGGGUACAGUAUCAGAGAGAUUAUACAUAUAGUUUCACAGGAAUACAUAAAUAUCUGUUUGGUGAAUACAGGCCUUGGCACGCCAUUCAUUUCAAUCAUAGAUUUGAGGCCUUUGAAAAAUGACACCUAUUCUGCUCCACCUGGUGGAUCAGUGGUUACUUACUACCAUGUGAAUUUAGGUUAUCCAUAUAACAACUACUCAAACAGGUACGAGGACGAUCCCUAUGAUCGUUCCUGGAUAUACUACAUACAACAAGGUGAAUGGGUACAAUUGAAUAAUUCAAGUACUAUAACUGCUGGAACCUUUAGCCAAAACGAUUACCAGUUGCCUGAAGCUGUGAUGAGAACCGCCAUCACACCGGCAAAUGCAAGUGAUCCAUUGAAGAUAAACUGGAGGCCACAAGUUACAAUAAGUGAUGAAUACUACAUAUACAUGCACUUCAUGGAGGUUAACAACCAAACAAGGGAAUUUAACAUCUUUGUGGACGGUAAACCAUUCUAUGAAAAUCUGGUGCCGCCUUACCUCUCAACAAAAACAAUCACCGUAGUCUCCAACCCAAUUAAUAUUUCAUUUCACAAGACGUCGCGUUCAACCCUGCCUCCCAUCAUCAACGCCAUUGAAGUUUACGGAUUAAUUCAAUUCUACCAAUCAAAUACAUUCCAAGCAGAUGUGGAUGCAAUCACAAGGAUCCAGUCAGUAUAUGGUUUGACGACAAGAGAAGAGUGGCAAGGAGAUCCAUGCGGCCCUGCAGGCUACAUGUGGGAGUGGGACGGUCUCAAUUGUACUCGUCAUCUAAAUGAAUCCCCUAGGAUUACUGCCUUGAAUUUAUCUUCUAGUGGAUUGACAGGAGCUAUAGAUCCUUCCUUUUCACACCUCACUGUGUUGGAAAAGUUGGAUUUAUCAAACAACGACUUGAAUGGCCAAAUUCCGGAGUUUCUCUCUCAACUACAAAACUUAAAGAUCUUGAAUUUGGCGGGCAAUAACCUCAGUGGUUCAUUACCAUCAACACUACUUGCGAAAUCUAAUAAAGGUUUCUUAUCAGUCAAUGUUGAUCAAAAUCCAUAUCUACUAUGUGAAUUUGGAGAAUGCAAAGUAAAAAAGAAGAAAAAGAAGACAAAGCCAUUCUUAGUAGCUACAGCUAUUGGGAUUUCAGUCGUUUUAGUGGCAUUGACCGCCGCAGCUAUAGUCUGGACUCUUAAUAAAAGGAGAAAAACCAAAGUAGAAAAGACUCCAAAGGAGAUCAAGCAAGACCAUGAUGUAUCACUCAAGUUCAAGAAUAAAAUUUAUUCAUACUCUGAUAUCCUUAAAAUCACCAACAACUUCUGUCAAAUCCUUGGUAAAGGUGGGUUUGGAACAGUUUAUAUAGGAUAUGUUGAUGACGUUUCUGUUGCAGUGAAGAUACUUUCUCCAUCCUCAGUUCAGGGUUAUCAGCAAUUCCAAACAGAGGUUAAGCUUCUAAUGAGAGUUCAUCACAGAAAUUUGACCUCCCUAGUUGGAUAUUGUAAUGAAGGAAGCAAUAAGGCUCUCAUAUACGAGUAUAUGGCUAAUGGAAACCUACGUCAAUAUCUCUCAUUAGGUACCAAAUUUCUGAGCUGGAAAGACAGGCUCUGUAUAGCGGUAGAUGCAGCACAAGGAUUGGAAUAUUUACACAAUGGUUGCAAGCCACCUAUAAUCCACAGAGAUGUAAAAGUCAACAUUUUGUUGACUGAAAACUUGCGUGCAAAAUUAUCUGAUUUCGGUUUGUCAAAGAUUAUCCCAAUCGAUGGGGGCAGUCAUGUUUCAACUGUUGUUGCCGGCACCACUGGUUACUUGGACCCCAAUUACUACCAAUCAAGCAGAUUAACAGAGAAAAGUGAUAUUUAUAGUUUUGGAGUUGUUCUUUUGGAAUUAAUCACAAGUCAAGCAGCAAUAAGAAUGGCAGAAGAUAAUGAUGAUGAUGAUGAGAAAACUCACUUAAGUCAUUGGGUUAGUUCGAUGGUGGAGAGAGGGGAUAUCCAUGGCAUUGUUGACUCGAGGUUAGGAGAAGACUUUGACUGUAGCUCUGCCUGGAAAAUUGUGGAAACAGCACUGACUUGUGUGUCUCAAAACUCUAAUGCUUUGGAAAUGGAAUUAAGUCGAACAAAAUAUGGUGGUGGUGGCAACAAAAGUAAUGGAGAUUCAUCGGUUGAACUAGUCUUUGUGAAUGUACAAAAUGAAUCCACUCCUCAGGCCAGAUCACGUAACAUCCUAGUAGCUGUCAAAAUACUCUCCCCUUCAGCUCAAGGGUACCAGCAAUUCGAGGCAGAGGCGGAACUUCUUACUAAAGUUCAUCACAAGUGCUUAACUACUUUAAUUGUUUCAACUUGGCUGAAUGAAAAGAGUGAUGUUUCUAGCUUCGAGGGUGUGAAAAGAGGGGGUUGA